UUGAAGACGGGAGAAGAGACGAGUGUAGGGAGAAAGACUGACCCUGAGACCUUUGGAAAUAUUGAGGUGCCAUAGCAAAGGUGGGGAGGGGAGUGAGUGAGAGAGAGAGAGAACGAGCGAGCAAAGCUACUCCCCGCAGCAGCUGACUGGAACUGGAUAUAUAUAAAUACAUAUACAUACACACAUAUAAAUAUAUAUAGGUAGAGUUCGAGCUGAAGCUGAUGGCAGGGAGGAAAGGUUUCUGCUGUGCAUUUCUGGGAUAAGGAAUGAAAGAAGCGGCUGCGCUCCUGGGAAUGUGUCAUCUUGGAGGGGAGGGAGGAAGGGGGAAGGUAACUGGAAUGUGGAAGAAGAUGGGAGCCUAAGCCACUGCUGUGCAAAAGGGGAUACCAACUUGUAGAUCUGAAAUAUACCAGGCUGAUCUUGGCAAUGAGAUCAGAGCUGCAAUUGCAAUAGAUAGGGGGAGGAAAAGGGAGGCAGAGAUUGGAGGGCUCUCUCUGUGUGUUUCUCUCUCUCUCUCUCUCUCUCCCCCAAGAAGAAAUAGAAGAAGUUUAUCCGUCUCGAUACUGCUGGAUCUUUAUUGCUGCUGGACAAAAGAUGGAGAGGAAGCCGAAAUGAAGAGGAAGGGAAGCCCUGUGCUUGUGAAAUUCAGAGUUAGGGAGGACAAAUCACGCCUCCCCGGAGAGCUUUUGUGCCCCAUCGGGGGAGUUUUAACGUCAGGAAGAUUUUGAGAAGUGGGGGCAAAGAGAAGAGGGAGUGUCAAAAACACCCACCCCACGUGUGUAAAAAAAAAUGAAAUAAGGGAUGGAUUUAUUCUUGACAGCUGGUGGGAACCUUGAAUUUUCCUCCACUCUCCCCUACCCCAUUUCCAUUUAAUGUGAGAUUAUGAAAAUGCAGAGGAGUUGGAGGGAAGGCAAAAGGAUAUAACGUGGAGUUUGAAGAGAGGAGAAUGGUGAUGAUGCUGUGGAUGGCUGGCUUCUUGCUGAAAUCAAAAAUCCAAUUGCGCACUGGGUUGUGAUUGGAAAUCUAAUCAGAUCUUUGGAGGGGGGGAGAGAGAGAGACCAAAAGUUUAUUGUUUUAACAUUCUAAAUGUAAGAGGAGACUCUGGUGAAGGUGUGUGUGGAGGAAAAUAGGGAAAACAGAAGAAUGGGAACCCCCGAUCUAACGUGGAAACACAUGGACUGGAUAAUUGAUAGUGCAGCAAAGAAGGGGGAAGAAGAAAAUUGCCUGGCAAGACCUGGAUCUUAACAGUCACAACAAAAAAUGCAUUAAAAGCAAACGGCCUCACUUCAGAUAGAGGGUUGUUUAAAAUAUCCUCCAAAGGGAAAAAAAAUAGUUGUCAAUGAAGAACAGAGGAGCCAGAAAGGCAAAAACCCUCAACGAAAGGAAACUAGGAAAAGUAUCCACACGGGAAUGAAAAGUUUCAGAAAGGAGAAGGACCAUUCUUGCUCUGAGGGAUUUUUUUAAAUGUUUAGUUAAAAAAACCUCCCCCAAGAAGACAGGAAUUUAAUGAUACAACUACGACCAUUUUAAGCAGAAAAGUUAAGAGCGACGGAAAAAAGGGGGGUGGGAGUGGAAAAGAAGAAGAAUCUGGUGAGGGAGAAAAAGAAUCAGCAGGUUGGGUUGGAUUGGAGCCUGUGUGGACUGAAAUUGAUGGAAAAUUGAAGUUGGAUAUUUUAUUUUUAAUUUAAUUCCUUAUUUUUAAUUUUGGCUUCGCUGCUGCAAUGAAAUAGUUUGCCACCCCCUGCCUUUUUUCCCCUCCCUCCUUAAACACUCGGAUUUCCAUCUGGAUAGUCUUCUGUGCAAUCUGAAAUACAACGAUUCAAACUCCAGAAGGACCAACACCAAAUAAAUUAUGAAUGUUGAACAAGAUGACCUUACAUCCACAGCAGAUAAUGAUAGGUCCUAGGUUUAACAGGGCCCUAUUUGACCCCCUGCUUGUGGUGCUACUGGCUCUUCAACUUCUUGUGGUGGCUGGUCUAGUCAGGGCUCAAACUUGCCCUUCUGUCUGCUCCUGCAGCAACCAGUUCAGCAAAGUGAUUUGUGUGCGGAAGAAUCUGAGAGAGGUUCCAGACGGCAUCUCCACCAACACACGGUUAUUGAAUCUCCAUGAAAACCAGAUCCAAAUAAUUAAGGUGAAUAGCUUCAAACAUUUGAGACACCUGGAAAUCUUGCAGCUGAGUAGAAAUCACAUUAGAACCAUUGAAAUAGGGGCCUUCAAUGGUCUGGCCAAUCUCAACACUCUGGAACUUUUUGACAAUCGUCUUACCACCAUCCCUAAUGGGGCUUUUGUAUACCUGUCAAAAUUGAAGGAGCUUUGGUUGAGAAACAAUCCUAUUGAAAGCAUCCCUUCUUAUGCUUUUAACAGAAUCCCUUCCCUACGUAGGUUGGAUUUGGGGGAACUAAAAAGGCUUUCAUACAUCUCAGAAGGUGCCUUUGAAGGUCUAUCCAAUUUGAGGUAUUUGAACCUUGCUAUGUGCAACCUUCGAGAGAUCCCUAACCUCACACCACUCAUAAAACUGGAUGAGUUAGAUCUUUCUGGUAACCAUCUGACAGCCAUCAGGCCGGGGUCCUUCCAAGGGUUAAUGCAUCUUCAAAAAUUGUGGAUGAUACAGUCCCAGAUUCAAGUGAUUGAAAGGAAUGCCUUUGAUAACCUUCAGUCACUGGUGGAAAUCAACCUGGCACACAACAACCUAACACUACUGCCUCACGAUCUCUUCACACCACUCCACCUAGAAAGGAUCCACCUGCACCACAAUCCUUGGAAUUGCAACUGUGACAUUCUUUGGCUCAGCUGGUGGAUUAAGGACAAAGCACCCUCCAAUACUGCAUGCUGUGCUCGCUGCAACACACCUCCCAAUUUGAAAGGAAGGUACAUCGGUGAGCUGGACCUGAAUUAUUUCACGUGUUAUGCUCCGGUGAUAGUGGAGCCACCAGCAGACCUCAACGUCACAGAAGGCAUGGCUGCAGAACUGAAAUGCCGAGCAUCGACCUCCCUGACCUCUGUAUCUUGGAUUACUCCAAAUGGAUCGGUUAUGACGCAUGGGGCAUACAGAGUUCGGAUUGCUGUGCUCAGUGAUGGCACAUUAAAUUUUACAAAGGUGACCGUGCAAGACACGGGCUUGUAUACCUGCAUGGUGAGUAACUCUGUUGGGAAUACUACAGCUUCUGCCACACUGAACGUCACUGCACUGGACAAUGGUUACACAUACUUUUCAACUGUCACGGUAGAGACUAUGGAACCUUCUCAGGAUGAGGCACGGACCACAGAGCAGAUUGGGCCCACACCAGUUAUUGACUGGGAGACCACCAAUGUGACAACUUCUCUUACUCCACAGAGCACAAGGUCGACAGAGAAAACAUUUACCAUCCCAGUGACAGAUGCAAGCAAUGGGAUCCCAGGAAUAGAUGAGGUUAUGAAGACUACCAAAAUCAUAAUUGGUUGUUUUGUGGCUAUCACUCUCAUGGCCGCUGUGAUGCUGGUAAUAUUCUACAAAAUGAGGAAACAGCAUCACCGGCAGAACCACCAUGCUCCAACACGGACUGUAGAGAUCAUUAACGUGGAUGAUGAGCUUACAGGGGAUACACCCAUAGAGAGUCACUUGCCCAUGCCGGCGAUAGAGCAUGAGCACCUAAAUCAUUAUAACUCUUAUAAGUCUCCUUUCAACCACACAACAACAGUUAAUACAAUAAAUUCAAUACACAGUUCAGUGCAUGAACCGUUAUUGAUCCGAAUGAACUCAAAAGACAAUGUACAAGAGACUCAGAUCUAAAAUAUUUACAAAAUUGGGGGGAGGGGAAAUACAAAAAAGACGGUUUAUAAAACAAAUGACACAAAUGACUGGGCUAAAUCUACUGUUUCAAAAAAAGUGUCUUUACAAAAAAAAGAAAUUUAUUUAUUAAAAAUUCUAUUGUGAUCUAAAGCAGACAAAAUUAUGUGUAUUCCUCAAAACCUCUUUUUGCUGCACUUAUUUACCCCUCUUCCUCUUUUCUCCCUCCCCUACCUGCCCCAACCCCAUUUGCCAUAUUUUUCAUAGGAGAUCUUGAUUCCCUAAAAGAACUGGUAUAGGAAAUUUUAUAAGAAUUCUGUCAUACUUUGGGAAUUUUUAUGGUGAACUCUAGUGGUGAGAUUCAGUCGAUUUUGUCUCUUUUUUCUGUUUUAUUUUUUCUUUUCUCAUACCCUUCUUGAAAUGGUUCUACAGGGAAUGGAGCAUUAGCAGUAGAUUUGUAAGUGAGAAACAAGGAACAAGCAACAACAACAACAAAAAAGCAAAGUCUUUUUUUUUAUUUUUCAUGUAAUGACCUGUUCUGUAUUUACCAAGAGGACCAUUCUGUGGAAGAAGAAACAAAAAUCUAAGAAAUUAAUUUACUUGUGAACAUCUACAAAAACCACGAUCUUUUAAACAAUUCUAGGACCAGAAUUUGUAGUUCAAACACUAAAAUAAGAUUAUAAAUAAAAUAUUGUUGUUUUUUUCUGUACUCGGAUACAGCUUAUUUUCAGUGUGGCUUUAAAAAGUUAAAAGUUUGUUAGAAAUUUUACAGUAUUCUGCUGUGAUGGUCUAAAACACAACAGCUUAAGAGUAUUACUGCUGCAUUUAGAUCAUUACUGAAGAAUAGCAUUGUUUUUAUUUUAGUAUAUAUAACAGCGUACUAGAUAAUAAAAAUACCUGACUUUUAAUGCAAAAUUAUAAUGACUCAGUGUAAGGGAACUUUCAAUUAUCUUCAUUGUAUUCAAAGAAGUAUUCCGCAGUCUGCGAAAGAUGUCUACACAGAGUUCAGGUACAAAAGGGCUGACUAGACAAUGGUGGAAGUUUUGUUCUUAUUUUAAAGAAAUGUUACUUGUAUAUUGGGGGGUUGUCAAAAUUAAUAAUAUUGCUUUUAAUCUUCAAAGCCAGACAUUUUGAUUGCUUUGGAAGUUCUCCUAGCUGUAAAUAUGAAAUCUGUUUACAUACCCAAGAUACAUCUCUGAGUCCAUAUCCCUCAUGGUUGCAAAAUGAAAUCAAGGUGCUUUGAAAGAAGUGGAUUAACCCGGAAGAAAAAUCAGUCUAACACACCGUUUUGGCCAAAUUCACAGAUGAGUCCAAGCUGCUGUAACCUGCACCUUCUUUUGGUCCCCUUUACAUGUAUGGGAUGCCCUGACUGAAAGGAUAAAUGCUCUAAGGUAGCAUGUGUAAUCCUCAAAGUUGCAAGUGAAUAUUACAGCAGAAAGUCUAAUCUAAAGAGGAAACUGGAGAGAGGUGACACUGAAUCACAAUGUGCAGGAAGCAUAAGUAUAGUGCAGAGGGAAACCUGAAGUCCUAUAAUAAUCUCAGAAAAAUAUUUGGAGACAUUAUCCUUCAAUGUAUUACAUGAAAAAUAAUAUAUGCUCUAAGGUAAUUUUAAUAGGGGAUGAAGAAAGAUCUGGAUUAGACAUACUGAAAUACUGGGGAGAAGAUUGUCUUAUGAUGACUUUGCUUGCUAGUCCUCCAUUUGAAAUGCACUGCUCCAUUUUAGUAGCAUUCCGGUUGAAUUCCAUAUGAACAUUGUGGCAUAGUCUAUCCAGAAACAUUGCAGAUGCAUUUUGUUCAAGGUAAGGAGUUCAGAUAUUAUGGUGAUGAGAGUGGUAUAGGAACCUAUGUAGAACUGGAGGUGCAUUUUGCCUAAGGUGUCUGCUCCAUCCAGUAGCAUCGGAGGUGUGUUAAAUUUUUGUCUCUUGUACUUUGGCCAUCUGGAAGCAGCAGACUGUUGAGGAGCUUUCCAUUACAAAAAUUUUGUCCACCUUUUUGAUUAAAAUGCUGCUGAGCCCUAUUUUUUUUAAAGCAUAAAAUUUAAUUGAGCUACAGCUUGACCCUAU